AUGUCGGCCGAAAACCGAAGCCACUUCCUCGAUGCUGGCGACAGCGAGGAUGACGUGAGCCGAGGCUAUGACUCGGACGAAGAUCUGCAAAAGGGCGGGCGGAGCGCCAAGCGACGGAGGGUCGAAGACGACGACGACGACGACGAGGGUAGCGACGCAGCAGAUUUCAGCGGUGCCGAGUCGGACCAAGACGACGAUGCCGGCGCAAAGCUAGGCGACAAAGAUAAACCGGCCGGCGGAGAGGAGGAGCAACAAACAGGCAAGGACGGGAAACCCAAAGCGGACGCGAAGAAGAAGAAACUGGAGCUCCCAGGCAUCUCGCAGCCUCUCAAGAAGAACCUAGUUUCCACCGAAGCAGGAAUCAAGAAGUCGGGCGUGGCCUACAUCUCCAGAGUGCCGCCCAUGAUGAAGCCCGCCAAGCUGCGCUCCCUCCUCGAGCCCUACGGCACAAUCAACCGGAUCUUCCUCACACCCGAAGACCCCCUCUCACACACGCGCCGUGUGCGCAACGGCGGCAACAAAAAGCGAUCCUACACGGAGGGGUGGGUCGAGUUCGUGUCCAAGAAGGACGCCAAGAAGGCGUGUGAGUUCCUGAACGGGAACACCAUUGGCGGCAAGAAGGGGUCGUACUACCGCGACGACCUCUGGAACCUCAUCUACCUCAAGUCCUUCAAGUGGCGCGACCUGACAGAGCAGAUCGCGUCCGAGAACGCAGAGCGGUCGAGCAGGAUGCGCGCAGAGAUUAGCAAGACGACAAAGGAGAACAAGCUGUUCGUGCAGCACGUGGAGAAGGCCAAGAUGCUCGACGGCAUGCAGACCAAGGCCGCCGCGAAACGGAAGAAGGCCGCCGACGAGGAUGGCAGUACGGAUGUUGCGGGUGAGGCUGCCGUGUCUAAGACGGACAGCAGGCCGCCGCAGGCGAGUAAACGAACCUUUAAGCAGGUGCCGCUAGCAAAGAAAAGGAAACAGGACGAGCAGCAGCCAGAGCAGGUCCAGAGAGUCCUGAGUAAGAUUUUCUGA